AUGUCCCAAGACAUGACGCCCGGGGACGUGGUCCCCACAAACACGGAAGCGCCGCCGGCAAAAGACAACCCGACUCCCAUCCCCGGGCCCGACUCUGCCCCGGAACAGGAAGCAGAACCCGAACCUGCCCUCCCCCCCUUAACACCGCAGGAAUUCCGCAUCUACAACCGCCUCGCCGAACAAAUGGAAUACUUUAUGUACACCACCCUGCACACGGCCUGCACCACCAACCGGCGGCCGGCAGGCAUGUCGCUGAAGCAGUUCAUUGACGAGGGGCUGCGGCUGGCGCGCUACCUGGAGAUGCACCACUCGAUCGAGGAGACCCACCUGUAUCCGCUGCUGGGGCGCAAGAUGCCCGAGUUUCGGGCGACGUCGGCGGGGGCGGGAGCGGGUGGGUUGGGAGGUGGGAAGAAGGGUGGCGGUGGUGGGGGGAAGAAGCGGCGGGAUUCGGAGGAGUGUGAGUUGCUUCGGCAGCAUAGGGUUAUUCAUGAGGGGAUGGAUGAAACGGCGGAUUAUUUGCGGCGGUGUAAGGAGAGGGAGUGUGAGUUGGAGUUGGGGGUUUUGAAGGCUAAGAUGGAUUCGUGGGGGGAUGUGUUGCUGCAGCAUCUGGAUCAGGAGGUGAGGGAUCUCGGGGCGGAGAAGAUGCGGAGGCAUUUUACGGUGCAGGAGAUGAAGGCGAUUCCUAUGUGA